GGCUAUGAACUGACCUACCGAUACAAUGCACUGCGCAUUUGACUUUUUGAGUGAGCCCUCUCCAGAACCAAAUCCCAAUCUCUCUAAAAUUAAUUUGAUCCCUUUGACAGUCGAGGAAGAAAUGGCCAACGUAAGAGCUAUUAAGUCGAUGAUCAUCGUCGGCCCUAACUCUUUUCCUCAACCGACUGGGUCAAUUGGGGGCCAAUCCACGCAGCCAGUCACGCAAGAAACUAGUCCAGUGUUGGCUCUAGCUAAUGAACAAGCUUCUUCUUGCCCAGUAAAAGGGCGAGGCAGGCCACCUCCAAGCGACACUUGGUGGAUGAGAACUCAACUGAGUUGCCGGUGUCUAAUUAUGGAGAGCAGAUUGAGCAAGUUGUCACUAAGCAACCUGGCCGUACCACUGCCCCUCUAGUGUGGUCACCUGAGCUGAAAUACAAAGGGCGAGAUGUGACCACAAUUGACUCGGUCUAUGUAGACAAGUAUAACUUGCUAGGCUUCAACCUGACCAAGGGCCUGUUUCUCCCAGUUGACAUGAAGAAGCAUGAGCAACUGUCCGACCUGAAAGCCAUCAAGUCGGUCUCCAAAUCUUUAGUGUUGGCCAUGCAAAAAAACUUCGUUGCCCAUGAACACAUGAUGGAGCUAAAAAGGAAUCUUCGUAAGGCCAUAAGUGAGAACAAGGCAAAGAAGGCCAAGCUGCGAAAACUCAAGGCUUCGCUUGCGGAUAUCACAAUCGAGAGAGAUCAGUUGGCCGAGCAGUUGAAUAAGGCGGAUGAAGAUAAGAAGAAGGCAGUGGAGACCAGGAAGACAAGAUAUUUGGCCGAGCUAAAAAGGCAUCGCGAUAACCAUAGGGCCGAACUGAAGGAAAAGGUUGGGGAGGUGGAGGACCGAGGUUUCGCAGAGGGGAAGAAGGCAUAUGAGCACCAAGUAUAGGCUACCAAGGGCAUCUUCUUCCAAUGCGGCUGGAAGGCGGCAGCUAAAAAACUUGGCCAAUCUGCGGAUUCUGAGUUUUUCAUGAAUCCUCCGCUCCACUUCAUCCCUCCAUAUAUACAAGUGUAGGCUACUGUCGUGCAACAAAAGAUUAUUGAAGUCGCGAAGGCAGAUAGGGUGGUUGAAGUGGCCACCAUCCAACUUGCCAACACAACUCUGCGACUGGCUGCACAAAAAGAUAGUGUGGCAUCGCAGGAUGCCGAUUAAACUAAACAUGCGAUCGAUCCUCCGCUCGACACCAAUUCAGAAGGCCUUGAUGAUGCGACUGAGGAAGAGAUUGUCGAUUUGGCUACUCGAUUUAUGAACAUUGUCCUUGUUAUGACCUUUUCUUUUUCUUCUUUUUUUGGUUUUGAAGGUUUGUAAUUGUACUGAAGGCCCCUCCUUUUGGAACAACACUGAAAAUAUA